ACCAGCAGCAUCAGCACCAGAGUUGUUCACAAGAAAAAAACAAUUCUACCCAAACUAAUACAAAACAAAUACGAAACGGACGAAGUACACUUUGACUGUAAGUGUAAACUAAACUAAAGCCAAGCAUCAAAAUGGCGAAAGCGUUCAACUCAGUUGUUGUUUCACGUGUUGGAAAUGAUGGGGAUUUAUCGCCAAAAUUUGAAUUCCCAGUGACAGUGAUAGUGGAAUACGACCCUCAAGGACUUAGUGUUAAAUUAAAAAGAGACUCAAAUAAUGGUAGAAGUGACGAUGUGUAUGAGUUUCCUGUGCAUAGACUGUCUGAAUGUGCUCGGAUAGGAACCAAGUCAUAUAUAUUCAAUAAUGAAAGUGAAAGUCUGUGCCUCAGGUUUCGAGAAGUACCAGAUGCAAACCGUUUUCAUUCUCUUAUUAGUGAAACUAAACUUGGGAAGAAUUCUGUUUUUUCCGAAAGAACUGAUGAUUCUUCUGCCGUCCAGUAUUUCCAGUUUUAUGGAUAUCUAUCACAACAACAGAACAUGUUACAAGAUUACGUCCGAACUAGCACGUACCAGAGGGCAGUACUCGCCAACUCGGACGACUUUAGGGAUAAGGUAGUCUUAGAUGUCGGGGCAGGUUCAGGCAUCCUGUCCUUCUUUGCUGUGCAAGCAGGAGCCAAGAGGGUAUAUGCUGUGGAGGCAAGCUCAAUGGCUCUUCAUGCAGAGACGUUAGUGGCGUCCAACAACUUAAAAGACAAAAUUCAUGUGAUAGCGGGUAAAAUCGAGGAAGUGGAAUUACCAGAAAUGGUUGAUGUCAUAAUUUCAGAACCAAUGGGGUACAUGUUGUACAACGAAAGGAUGUUAGAAACAUACUUACAUGCAAAGAAAUGGCUCAAACCUAAUGGUAUAAUGUUCCCCAGUAGAGGAGAUUUACACAUAGCUCCUUUCAUGGACGACUCCUUGUUUAUGGAACAGACUAACAAAGCUAACUUUUGGGUACAGACCUGUUUCCAUGGAGUAGAUCUCAGUUCUAUGAGGGAUGCUGCCAUGAAGGAGUAUUUCCGCCAGCCCAUUGUUGACACUUUUGACAUGCGAAUAUGCAUGGCAAAGUCUGUAAGACACAGUGUUGACUUUAGUGAUGCCCACGAAUCCGAUCUCCAUAGAAUAGAAAUCCCUCUUGAAUUCUACAUGUUGGAGUCAGGCACAGUUCAUGGACUAGCUUUCUGGUUUGAUGUUGCAUUCUCUGGAAGUAGUCAGACCAUCUGGCUGUCUACUGCUCCUACAGAGUCAUUGACCCACUGGUAUCAAGUACGAUGUCUGCUGGAGAAUCCCAUCUUUGCCAAGGCGGGUCAACUCCUUACAGGAAAAGUUAUUCUUCAAGCUAACCAGAGACAGAGUUACGAUGUGACAAUGGAUCUCUGUAUUGAGGGGAAUGAACAGACUCGAUCAGUAAACACUCUAGACUUAAAGAAUCCGUACUUUAGAUAUACUGGGCAGCCUGUAGCACCUCCUCCUGGUAUGAGUACGACCUCACCAUCCGAGGCCUACUGGACACAGCUGGAUGCACAAGGUGCUCGACAAGCUGUCAAUAUGGUCAAUGGCAUAUCAGUCAAUGGCUUAGGCGAAGUUCAAAUGGAAGCUACUCAGAACCAUACCAACCUCGUAGGCCUAGGAGCUGUUUGUGUGCCCGUCAGUCAGCCUAACAUCCAUCCAGGGUCCAUCAGCAGUACUGGAAGGCAAAGGGCAGGUCCAGGGCCCGGAACCGCCACUUCUACAGGUGCCGCACAGCUCAUUGGUGGCGGAAUUUCUCCAACCCUCUUCACAUCCCCUCAGACACAUCAGCUGGUGCUUGGCAACACUGCUCACUUCCCUGUCAACAACAGUCUCAUGAUCGGAGACUACGUCACACCCACUAGUGGAAUGUUGAGUGUGCAGGGCUACAGACAAUAAUCUUUCUUCUCCACAUCUCCUUCUCAAAUUAGAAUAGUUGUUGGUCAAUUUUUUACCCUCUAGUCUGGCUGAGUUAGUGCUCCUCAAUUGUUUUUAACGGAAUCAUUGUUUUUGCUGGUACCGUAUCAAAAGAAAUCAUAAACUCUAGGUAAAUUAAAAAUUUAAUUGUUUGGAUGGAUUUUAGUUUUAAGGAAAUUUGUUGGAAACUGCUUAAAAACUGUCAUUGAUGGCAUCACAUUAUGAUCAUCCUCGAAGGAUAAAAUCAUUAAAAUGAUGUUUGUAUUGUAGACAAUUAGAAGCAAAGCCUCUUAAAGAUGACUAGCAAAGUUGAAUGAUUUUGUCUUGUAUGAUUUGACUUGAUUUUAAUUGUAAAUUAUUGUUUGAUCAUAUAUUGUGUAGUUUUUAGAUUUUAACUUGCUAUCACUGUUUAAAAUCUGAUCAGUUUCUAUUUCUUUUUAGUUUUUUUUAUUUGUAUAUAUUUAUAAAGUGAUUAUUAAUCGUAAGUGUACUAUUUAUUUUGUUGUCUUCAAUAUACAAAUCAGAAAUCAAUUGCAAAAGCAUACAUAAUAGCAUGAAUUAAUCUGUGAUUAUUUGUUUCAGUUAUCAAUUGUUUAUUUAAAUAUUUUAUUUUGAUACAUAUUGGUGGAUUAUGCCCAAUAUUAUUUAUUGCACGAAUUUUAAAAUAAAGAUACUUGACUGUGUGAAUGUGUACAACUAUUUAUUUUAAUUCAGGUACAAAAUAUGGAAGUUUGAUGCUCUAAAUCAUUCUAAGAUAAUACACAGUGAUUGUCAUGUUUUGAACGGUAGCUCAUUGGUUAGUUUGUACUCGCUAGACAUAAUAUUUUAGACGAUUGACAUGUAAAUUAUUGUUAUAAUUAGAAAUACAAUCAUACUUUUUUAACAUAUAGAUAUAUUUUUUGUGGAAUGCUGUUAGAUUGUAAAUUGUCUUUCUGUUUUAUGUCAUAAUAUUUGUUCCACCAUCAGUUUUAGCUUAAAUUUCUAUUUUUCCAAUUUUAACCCUCGUUCAAUUUUUAUUUUAUUUUAUUUAUGAUAAUUGUAUAUUAUAAUCUGAUCAUAAUUAUAUUUUAAUUUGCCUGCAUGAAUUUUAACUGUUGUAUUUUCAUCUGGAUGAAAAAUAGGCUUUAAUUAUUUCAAAUAAUUGUUAUUUUAAUCCCACUGAAUAAUUAUGGACUUUGUUCACUAAGUGAAAUGUUUAAUUUUAAUCUCUAUUUUAUUAUUUUAAAUGUAUAUUAAGUUAGUCUGCAAUUAUUUUAAUUGGAAACAUAAUGUUAUAUUUUUAACACAUAAUGAUACAUUAUCGUAUAAAACAAGGAUUGUGAUUUUUGUGAUUAAGAUUAGGCCUACUUCUACUUUUAGUAAGUGUAAGUUUCUAAAUUAUAUUGUAGAAAAAACAAAUGUGCAUGAUUUUUAGGGCAUGAAACACUAAAUAAAACUGUAAGGCUGAGUAGCUGAAUGGUUAUAGUAUUUUCCAGGUAAUCGGAGAAAAGUCAAUAGCUUCUUGAUGAUUUGAAAUUGGACUCAGCUGUUCCUCAUCAUUGGACUAUAAAAUGAUUUUGACUUAAGAAGCAGCUGGUCUUAGCCAGUAACAAAGCAUCUCACUCUAUUCUAUUCUCAUCCUUCACUCGUAUUUUGGUUUAAAUAUGCCUGGUUGCGUCCACAUCGUAAUUGGUUAUAUGGUAAUAAAAAUAUGUUAAUAAAUGGAUUUUGUGAAAUUUGA